AGCCCCAGGCCGACAGCAGCCUCCCCACCCCCCGCGCGCAACGCACCGCCACCGUGCCGCCGACCCCCCCCCCCGAUGUCGGCCGCGAUGUCAUCCAGUGGCGCGCAGAUCUACGCUGGGCCAGGCGGCCAGCAAAUGGUGAUGGAACCAGUGGCCACCACGGCCACCGCGUCCGCCAGCCUGCCCGCCCCCGUGUCCACCUACGCGGCGCCCGCGCCCAUCAUGGGCGAGCCGCUGCCGCCCAUCGUGGCGGAGCCGCAGUACAUGCAGGUCCCCACGACGACAUACGGGGCGUCCUCCCAGGGCGCCGCGAUGGCGUUCGGGGCGUCCUCUCCGGGCGCGGGGAUGACGUACGGCGCGUCCUCCCCGGGCGGCGCGAUGGCGUACGGAGCUUCUUCCCAGGGCGCCUCGAUGGCGUAUGGGGCUUCCUCCCCGGGCGGCGCGGUGGCGUACGGAGCUUCUUCCCAGGGCGCCUCGAUGGCGUACGGGGCGUCCUCCCCGGGCGGCGCGGUGGCGUACGGAGCCUCUUCCCAGGGCGCCUCGAUGGCGUACGGGGCGCCGACGGAGCCCGUCGGCAACAUGGUGCCUUCGGGCGCGCCCGUGGAGCCCGUCGGCAACAUGAUGUACGCGGCGCCGCCGGUGGAGCCCGUCGGCCAGCAGUACGCCGCUCCCAGGGAGCGGGUCGUGCACGUGCCCCAGAUCGAGGUGCGCGAGGUCAUCAAGCAGGUGCCGAGGGUCGAGGUCCGAGAGGUUGUCAAGGAUGUGCCUGUCUACCAGACCCAGACGGUCGAGAAGAUCGUGCAGGUGCCGCAGAUCGUUGAGGUGGAGAAGGUCGUCCACGUGCCACAGGUGCAGGUGGUGGAGGUCAUCAAGCAGGUCCCGGUGUACCAGGACAUGGAGGAGGUCCGGGAGAGGGAGAGGGGUCGGCCUGUGGCCGGAGCGCUGGCCAUGCUGAGGGGCCUUGCAGCAGCAGUCCGCGCCUGUUUCAAGGCGAAGUAA